UAGUUCAUCUAGAGACAAAAACAUAUAUCUGUUUUAAAUGUAUUAUUAUCAAUAAAAUACUUUUAAUAUAUUAUCGAAACUUGCACGUGACAUUUGUCUAUUACGUUCAUUGGUCGAUCAGUUCGAUUACCACAAGGUACGAGAAGUCGGUCGAUAGGCAUCCUCAGAAAUUCUACUAGUACGAUUAUUUCAAGAAAGCAACGUGAUGAAGUGUGCAGUGGCGGGUCGGACAAGUUAUUUUCUCUUAAUUAGUUUAUUCGAAAUCGAAUAAUUCAAAAGAAUUGAUGGCAUCUGAAACCAGAUCUAUGAUUCAAAAUAACCUCGAUAAUUUUUCGAAGCAAGAUCGGAUGCGAACUGUUCAAAACAAAGACAGCGAACUAGAGCCACCGUUUCGACGAGCUACUUCUCUUAGGCUACCCAAAUCAUCGAAUUUAAAUACUAUUGAUCGCAAUCGAUUAUAUGUAUCGACAUAUCAUGGAAAAUCAUCGAUGUCCAUGACAUGGACACCAGACAAAACCAUACCAGUUUGUCCCGCCAGGCAUUCCACACCUACGAUUGACGCACCUGCGCCGGAAUAUCUUGCCCGAAAUCUUCUUCAACUUGGUUGUCCUGUUGUGUCAAUGCUCACACCUCGUGGAGGAGUAGGGUCUGAACCUCCGCAGAGUAGUGAUAGCGAUGAAUACUCGACAACGAAUACUCAACAGCAUAGUCAUGGACAUGGAUAUGGUCAAGGACAGGUGGAUAUCUACAACGUGCCCAAAGUCCAGGUGUCGGGACCAUCGAACAAUGAUGAAUCCUCUUCCGUCAUCAAUGGGUCUGCGGGGUCCAUAGGAGCACGAUCCGCACCCAGCACGCCUCUUCAAGUAUCUCCUGGUGCGCAACAAGCGGGCCAACAGUCGAUUAGUGGCUCUCAGCUUACUGUAACCUCUGCCAAUAACUCUCAGCCUCCAAGAAGCCCGAGCCACGCGACCUUGAGAUGUAACGACAGAUGCGGAAUUGGUUUAUCGCAAAAUUUUUCUUCGACAACCCACGAAUACGUUCUUCAGUCUGCAAAGAAGAAAGCAAAGAGAUAUUCUGUCAGUCAUCUUUCGAAACCGCUUAGCAGAAGUGCACCAUCAAUGGCAGCUGGUGGUGUCGUGCAGGCUCCAGGAAAUGUUAACAGAUCCUCGUCUACAUCCUCACCAACAACUACCAGUAGCGCAAGACAGAAGAAAUUCCAUAGGCAUUUCUCUCAGGUUGCUGCGGAUGAACGCGUAUUGAACUACUAUAGCUGCGCACUGGUAGGCGACAUCUUGUUGCAAGGACAUCUGUACAUUACACCAAACUACUUUGCAUUCUACAGUAAUGUGUUUGGCUAUGUAACGAAGCUAUUGAUACCUACGAUUUCUGUAUUGAAAAUUAGCAAAGAAAAGACCGCGCGAAUCAUUCCAAAUGCAGUGGCGAUCACUACAGAAGAGGAGAGACACGUUUUUUGCUCCCUUCUGUCCAGAGACUCGACUUUUAAGCUGAUGAAACAGGUUUGGGAUGCAGCUACGGAACCACAACCAUCACCAACUAUCCUACCAUUGGCAAACGAAGAAAAGCUUCUUGUUCCGUUAGUCGACGAUUCUGAAGUGAAUCCCGAAGAGGAUGAUUCCAGUAUGUCCGAAAGCGGAACGGAUCUGAAUUCCAGACCGCCGACUAUUUGUACCGAUACCGAUGGUGUUCCAUUGGCAAUUGCCAGGCCGAGUUUGCCACCACCUUCAAAAGUGGAACCAUCACCAACGGUGCCAUUAUUACCUACUACGUCCAAAUCCACUGGUAUCUUAUCUUUAUUCAAGAGUGGAUUGAAAACUAGCACAGUGAUCACUAUCCUGAUAGCUCUUUUGGCAGCUCUCUAUGUGUCGGCGGCUCUGAUGAUGAUUCGUAUCGAUAGGUUACACACGGCAUAUCUGAACCAUCCUCUUGUUUCGCCAGAACGUUUCACUCAGGAUCGACUUUUGCAUUAUCUUAAUACAAAUCUUGAUCAAAUAGUAAAGGUACGACAGAGUCUACAAACGUUGUCACAACAGUUUGUAUCAAUGAGCCAAAGUGAAACAGAUCCAAGUGUAUCUGGUGCCGUUGUGGAACCGGAAGAUGCUCCAAGUUAGCCCCCGACGCUAAAUAAUUUAAUGCAACCAAAUAAUACGAAUCCCCAUCGCUUCGCUAGCGUAUGAAGCGUCUCGCAUUAAUGCGAAAUUACCUUUGUGAUCUGCGUCGAUUACUUUCGGCGUGUGAAAACGAUUCCGAAUUGAACAACUAAUCGACAAUGUUGUUUCUAGAAUCCUCAAUAGGCAAAUAUUAUUGUUAGAAUAUCUAGAGUUACCUGAACAGAUUCUGGAAAUUAUAGAAUAUUUAAAGUAAAACGACAAAACAGAAAAAAAAAGAGAAGAAAGUAACAUAUACAAGUUUCAAAAAAGAAAAAUUGUAACAAUCCUUCAUAUAUAGAUUGAAAAGUAUGCGUAACUCGAUUUUAAAUUUUCAAACAUGCUUGCAGAAUUUAAUUAAGAUGCUUCAAAAAAUAAACAAAAUAAACGUUAAAAAAAUAGAAAAAACGCCGUAUAUUCGAUGCACGAAUGUAAGACAGUUUAUAUGUGAUGUAUUAUAAAAAGAUAUAAUGUGAAUUGAUCAUAACACAAAGAAAAAGAAAAUUUUUUUUGCGCAAGGCGAGCGAAGGGAUUUUCGUUUUUGAACUAGUCACAUAUUGUAUAUGCCCCACAUACAACAAGAAUAUAAUGAAUAAAGUGAAAUAUAUAUAUAUAUAUAUAAAUAUUAUGAAAAAGCUAUAUAUAUAUAUACACAUAAAAUAAUGCAUAUUUCGCGAUUACUUACUUGUUAAUUAUUAUAUAUUUGAGGGUAGUUGGGGCACUAUCUUUUUAAUCGAUACAGCUGAAAAUGAGAAUUAUAUUAUAGAAUUAAUAAGAUUACACAUUUGUGUCAUACCGAAAAUAAAGAUUCUAUGUCAGUAUCAUAAAGACACUGAAAAGAAAAAAUUUCUUAAUAGACGAGCUUGUGCAAUAUUCCGAUAUAGUUUGGAAUACAUGCUAUUUCGUCGUCGAACAUCGAAUACUGCGCCUUUUAGAUAAAAACAAAUUAAAAUGAAGAAAAAAAAUCAUUGCAUUUCUCGCGCAUACUGAUGUUCCUACGAAAAAAAAUUUUUCUGAUCGUUCAUUCAAAAUAACGAAAGUUUUCUUUGUUUCUCUAUCUUUUUUUAUUUUUGUUUUUCUACUCAACUCUUUCAAAACGAUUAUUCUCAAUAUGCGAAAGUGCUCGCGAAAUAUUCUAUUCACUUGUGAACAUAUUUCGAUACUAUUGCACAUAUGUUCUUCUAUGUAUGUGUGAAAUACGACGAAACGUACGGAUAAAGCGUUAUAGUUGAAAAUAUGAGAUACGAGAAACGGGAGACUUGACUGUGAUAGUAGGAUCAAGGAUUGCAUUUUGUUAAAACACGACCGCGUUUAGCAGAAUCUUUGUGUUUGUCCCAUUGAAAAAAAAAAAAAAAAAAAAAGAAUUAAUAAAUAUAUAAAUAAGAGACUGGUUUAUUACGAUCGGACCAAAAAUGGCAUAAACGCGGUCGUCAUUACGCGAAAUCGCGUGAAAUCUAAAGAGAAGUGCUGUUACAUUAUUUAGCUAAUAUUUAUAAAAACAAAAA